AUGGCGGACGACAUACACGAAAAGUGGCGCCGUUGGCAUGUACAGUAUGGCUCUGUCUUCCAGACCGUGAGUAAUCCACGCUUCCGCGAUGUGAUGAUCGAACCUGACAGAGCCUGGAAGUGGAACGGCCCUUGGGACCGCACCAUCUACGUUGGAGAGCCUUCCAUCGUCGCAAAAAUCGCGAACCAGAAUUGGCCCAAGGCGCCUGCUCAAUAUGAAGGCUUUAAGCCACUGAGCGGUAAUGCAUUAUUUGCUCAGAUGGAUCAGUCCCGAUGGCAUCAACAGCGGAAGGCUUUGGCGCCUGCUUUCGGACCAGCUGUUGUCAAUGCUCAGUUUUCGAGUUUGAAGAAGUACCUUACGAUCUCCGUUGACAGACUACAGCAAUAUGUUGGGCUUCUCGAUAAAGCUGCCGUCACCAAGCAAGUGAUUGACCUCUCGCUGGUGAACGUCCUACUCACAUUGGACUUCGUCGGCGAGGUUGCCUUUGGCAUUGACCUCCACGCCAUGGAGCAAGGGGAGAACUGCCGCGUAAUGCAGAUCUUCCAGACCGUGCUGCCUGAACUAAUGAAAUGCGGACUUUUCCCGUUGCGAGCAAAGGUACCCUUGUUGAAAAGCACACGAGAUAUGCAUGCGGCAAUUGCAGAGCUCAGAUCAAUGGCCAAUCACGCCGUACAGAAGUGUCGGGAGAACGACACUCCUGACAGCAAGCCGGGAAAGAAGAUCUUCGAGAUCCUUGCCAAGUAG